AUGGCAGCCGUCAACCUCUCGGCUCGCCAACUCGAGCUUCUCCAAGCCUACAUCACCGAAGUCAAGGGCGACGUCGACUGGCAGAAAGUCGCCAGCAAAGCAAACUUCAAGACCGCCAAGUACGCCCGCGACACCUUUGCCGGCAUCCGCAAGAACUUGCUCGCUGCCACCAACGGAGGGAACGAAGCCGGUGAUGAUGCGGAGGGCAAGGUGAAGACGCCGAAGAAGCGCAAGGGCCAAGACGUUGAUGGCAACGAGGACUCUCCGAUCGCCGAGAAGAAGAAAAAGGCAACUCCCCGUGGGAAGAAGGAGGCCAAGGGCAAAGCUGAGGCGGCUGCAAACAACGAUGCUGAUGAUGAGGAAGGAGGGGUGGCGGUUAAAGAGGAGCCGAACGAGGCUGGGGAGUUGAUGGACGACAUGACUGAUUGA